CGCAGUUGGUGUUAUUGUGACUGUCGGGCCGCAGCCCCGGAUGUUGUGGCUGCCGGCAGAGAUGGCUUAUGCAGAGGGGGUGGCUGCGGCCCCAGGCCCUUCAUCGGGACCUACUUUUAGGGGCCGCUUUGCCAUGUCAGGCUCCAGCGAGCGGGAUCAGCAGGUGGAGGCGGUGCAGCAGGCCCUGGUGGAGGUGCUGGGGCCUUACGAGCCUCUGCUGAGCCGGGUGCAGGCAGCUCUGGUGUGGGAGCGACCAGCCAGGAGCGCCCUGUGGUGUCUGGGGCUGAACGCGGUGUUCUGGUUCUUUGCACUGACAUCCCUUCGUCUUGUGUUUUUACUUGCAUUCAGCUCAAUGAUCAUUGUGUGUAUAGAUCAAUGGAAGAACAAAAUUUGGCCUGAAAUAAAAGAGCCAAGACCCGACGCAUUAGACAAUGAGAGCUGGGGUUUUGUGCACCCUCGGUUGCUCAGCGUGCCCGAGCUCUGCCACCAUGUAGCUGAAGUCUGGGUUAGUGGGACCAUUUUCGUAAGGAAUCUUUUGCUUUUCAAAAAGCAAAACCCAGGCAAGUUCUGCUUGUUAAGCUGUGGGAUACUGACCUUUCUGGCCGUCUUGGGCCGCUACAUUCCUGGGCUCCUGCUGUCCUACUUAAUGCUUGUUUCUGUCAUAAUGUGGCCCCUGGCUGUGUACCAUCGACUGUGGGAUCGAGCAUAUGUUCGGCUGAAGCCGGCUCUGCAGCGGCUGGACUUUAGUGUUCGUGGCUACAUGAUGUCCAAGCAGCGAGAGAGACAAUUACGCCGCAGAGCUCUACACCCCGAGCGUGCCGUGAAUGAUGAUAGUGACAGUGAAGAGGAGCUCGCUGCCUUCUGUCCACAGCUGGAUGAUUCUACUGUUGCCAGAGAACUGGCCAUCACAGACUCUGAGCACUCAGAUGCUGAGGUCUCCUGUACAGAUAAUGGCACCUUCAAUCUUUCACGAGGCCAAACACCGCUAACAGAAGGCUCUGAAGACCUAGAUGGCCACAGUGAUCCAGAGGAAUCCUUUGCUAGAGACCUUCCAGACUUCCCUUCUGUUGUGGAUCCUGCUGGCCUAGAUGAUGAGGAUGACACCAGCAUUGGGAUGCCCACUUUGAUGUACCGUUCUCCACCCGGGGCUGAAGAGCCUCUGGCAUCAGCUACCAGCCAGGACGAGGCUACACUGCCAGAACUCCUGCUUGGUGCCUUACCUGCAGGAUCGAACCUCACCAGCAACCUUGCCAGCCUGGUUUCACAGGGGAUGAUCCAGCUGGCCCUGUCAGGGGCUUCCCAACCCGGCCCUUCUGCCCCACCUCCCCGGAGAAUAACAAGAGGCUUCUCCCAGGCCCCCAGUUCAGACAUGGACACUGAUGCUGAGGGGGAUGACUUUGAACUUCUGGACCAAUCGGAACUGAAUCAGCUGGACCCUUCCAGUUCCAGGAGCCACUGAAACAGGGACACAUUCGGGGGGGGGGAGGGGUCACUGGUUUAGAUUUCUCCCCAUCCCACAUAAGGUGAAGGGGCAUGGGAAGAACCCAGGUGGCACCUCCUGAAUUAUAUUUGUAUGCUGAGUGGCCUAGCUGGUUCUCAGAGGCCUGCCGAGAGAGCACACUCACUCCCCUGCCACCAGUUGGACACCCAUUCCUGAGCUUAGUCACUGAAGUGAGAGUGCGCUCCCCCAAGAGACUUCUCCAUCUGCAUGGAACUUACGGGAAGCAAAGUCAUCAGCGAUGUUGGUUCCCUUUGAGGGAGUGCUACUGCUUGCUGCUAGGUAUGGGUGUUUGGGGGGGGGGGGGGUCCUCAGUGAUAGAAGCACCCUUCCUCUUUCUUCCUCCUUUUAUUGCUUCCCUUGAGCUCCAAAAGUCACCCAGCAGCUGGAAGAGUUACUUCAUCAUUCUCUUUUGCUAAGCCAUGCUUUGAUUCUUUGUUUUCCAAGCAAACUUCUUUGAUUCUUAAGAGCAAGCCUUCUUCCUCAGAGCCAGACCAUCCUCAUUUCUUGAGGCCCAACUGCUGUGCUUCAGAAUAUUGCCAGUGAGAGUUAUGAAAUGUGAACACGAUGUGGAGUGGGCUUCCUCUAUAUGCCAUUGGGCCUUGGGGUCAGCUGGUUAAGAAUGUGGUGCCUCCGUAUCGUAUGGUCUCACUGAAUCUGCUGGAGCCAUCUGGAAGUUAUCUGGAAGAUAACUUCUGGAGUUAUCUUUGGUGCUGCUAACCCCUGGCUGCAUUUGACCAUCAACUUGAGCAAUGAACAAAGCAAUACCGUAUCUAUCCCUAUGUUCCUCUUCCUUCCCCUGCUCCUCCUUCGGAGAAGCAAUAACUCCAUGGGGGAUGUCAGAGUAGCACUUUACAAAUUGUUCAGUGGCAUUUAUCCCAGAAGCCACCAAGCUCUUAUACCAGCUCUUCUAACUCCUUUUCCAGCUGCUUCCCCCUGCUCAACUUGACAAGGUCUCCUUUAAUGAUGAGCCCACUUGUACGAAUAUGUCUGUAAUUCACAAAGAUCUCUCUAAGGAGGUAUCUGCUUUACUACCCCUAACAAAAUCAUGUGAGACAAAAA